GGCCAACAGAGAGCAAGCUUAGCCAAUGCUCGCUUGAUGAGCCCGCGGCGUCUCUAUGGAAGGGCAUGUCCUGCGGGGGAAGCGGACCUUCAUUGGCAUUCCGGUGGACUCCGACGAGGAAACUGAGCCUUCGAAGCCGUGCGUGCGACGAUUUUUCCAGGCCAAGGUGCACAAGGUCCUGGCGGUCCGCUGGUUCACCAAGCGUCUCCGAAAGCAUCCGGCCAGGAGGAGCUGCUUAGCAGAUGCUCCUACGCCAGAUGAGAAGGUCCUCCUCGGCAAAGUGCUGUCCAGCCGGCAGCUGAUGCAGAGGACGACUGAAAUGCUGCAAGAGUUUCAGCGUGAGAUUCUUGGCGUGAAGGGGUUCUUCGACGAGCUCGGUGUAGCUCCAGAAGAUGUGCAUCCAGAUGUCAGCCAGUCUCUUGACCGCAAGGAGGCAAUCAUGCGCCUUGCGGUGAAGGUUAUCCACAAAGCCAAGUGGCUGUCCCUGCGGACCUGCUACAAUGAUCACAUGAAGUAUCAGGAGCAAGAGCUCCGGAUACUGAAGCAGCAGCAUGCUCAGCUGCAGAACCAGUUUGCCACGGUACGGCAGGACUACUUGCACGAAGUGGCCAUCUUGAGGGAUCAAGCGCGCGUACGCGGUGAGCUGGGUAGCGAAUGGGACGACAGCGGCGACGUGGUUUACUUCUUCGACCCGGUCAAGGCACUCUCGCCCAAAGAAGCUGAGUUUAUGCUGGCGGCCGUGAAGGAGAAGGUGAUGAUGAUCUUGGAGCACAACCCAAAGUUGGGGGGGGUGGACAUGGGGCAGCUGGAGAAGCUGAAAGAGAUGAAGGAGUCCCGGGAGACGGAGGAGCUGCGGGCGGCGUUGGUGCAGCGAGGCCAUGAGCUCGCGCAGGCGGAGAAGUCCCUGGCCGCGCUGCGGGAGGAGAACGGGCGCAACGGCGUGGCAAAGCUGAGCUCGGCCCACGAGCAGAUGUUUGCUGAACUGGAGGACAAGAUCUCCCAGCUGCGCUUCGAAGCCAACGCUCUGCGCACCUCCAGUGCUCGGGAGAUCAAGGAGCGGCAGAAGACGGAGAAACGACUGGAGGUGAAGAGUGAAGAGUGCGAGGAGCUGCGGGAGGCCUUGCAGCGCGCAGAGCUGGACCGCGGAUCCUUGCAGCUCGGGGGCCAGUUGAAGAGCCAGUUGGAGGUGGCCCGCGAGGAGAACCUCGACCUGCACGAGAGAGAAAAUGCCCUGCAGGCGCAGCUGGCCGCCUCCUUCGACGCCAACGACGCGUUGAAGAAGGUGGUGACGCGCCAGAGGGCGAUCAAAGACAUCGCCGCGGAGGUAUCCGAGGCAUCCCAGGAGAGCUCGGAGGAGGGCUCCGAGGACCUGAACCUCUUGGAGGAUUUCAUGGACCGCGAGCUGCCGGCCUUCACGCGCCCGGACUCCAGCGCGCCGACAUCUCGAGCCUCCAGGCCGGAAAACGAGCGGCUGGAAGAACUGCUGCAUGAGGCGCAUCAGCAGCUGCUAGAGGCGUGGCAGCAGAAGGAGCAGCAGCUGCACCGAGCGGAGGAGCUGAAGCUGGAAAAUGCCCAGCUGCAACGAAAGCUCGACAAGCAGAGCCGGGGCAUGCUGGUCAUGCACGCGGAGGCCAAUGCUUCCGGCACCACCGAGCUGGCGCAGUUUAUGCAAAACCUCCGGCAGAAGCUGGGCUCGCCACGGAUGGACUCUCCCAAGUCCAAGGACGACGUGUCCAUGGCAUUUCCAGAGCUGGAGAAGCAACUGGAAGAAGCCUCACAGGAGGCGGAGGCCUCGCUGAAGGCGGUGCUGGGCGCUCUGCAGCGCUUCAAGCGCCAGGAGGCGGGAGACAUCCAGUCGCUGCAGCAGGAGAGCCUAAGCUGCCAGCAGAAGAAGCAGCAGUUGGAGCGACAGCUCAUGGAGCUCCGCAUGUCGAGGCUCUCCAAGUUUAAGGCGAAGAACGGACAGAAGUUGCAAAGCUUAGUCCCGGUGUGCCUGCAGAUGCUCGAAGACCUCAGCGCGAAGAUGCAGCAGUUGGCCUCCGAGAACGUGGCCCUGCGCCAAGGGCUGCUUUCGGUAUCCUCCAAUCUGGGCGAGGCGACAUCGGUGAUGAAGGCAUCCGCCAGUGCCAAAGGCGACAAGGACCUGCAGCGCUUCCUGCACACCGUGAGCAGCAACGUGGAGCAGGUGCCAACGGUCUUCAACCGGCUCUUCAACGAGGGCCGUAAGCGAGACCAGCGCAUGGAACAGCAGGCCCAUGAGCGUCGGCAGAGCAUGAUGCACUCCAUGCUCGUGCAUCUCUCAGAUGACAGAGCCGACAGCAAAGAGGAUCCCAGGACGACGCCAAAGGUGCCUCGGCACCUGCGAGCCGUGCGGAAGGGAGAUGAGGAGGAGAGCGUUGGAGGUUGGUCUCGGCAGCGGACACCAGCCGAUGAGGAGGACCAUGAGCGCUGGAGGCUUCUCUCGGCAGCGGACGCCGGCAGAUGACGAGGCCUGCCGCGAUCAAGCUUGCGGAACUGCCGUCCGCAGAACUUCCAUCAUCCUGCAUGAAGAUGACAGCCGCAGGCGUUUGGUUUCGGAGGAGGACAUGGGGACUGGAUCCCUUGGACUGCAGUGCAUGCCAUCGCCGAUCCGGCCGCGCUUGUCGAAGCGCCCGGAGGACCGAGACCGGGAGGUGGUGGUCAAGGCUCCCGAUCGCGUCAACAGCAAGCUGAAGAACCGCCAGCAGCUGCACUUGAACAGCUACGAGUUCCGAGGCGAUAUGGAAGUGUCGAAGGUCAAGGCUUUGCUGCCAUCGCCCCGCAAACUCGAAGGCCUUCAGCUACCCUCGGUGCCGGUCCACACCAACAACUCCCCUCGCUCGCCCUCCGACGGCAGCUCCGACGAGUCCUCCCCGCAGAUGUCACCCUUGGUGUCAAGGCAAGCCACCGAGGACAAAGUUGAGAAGGUCACCUCGCGGAAUUUGCCGAUGGUCUCAGUGCAGGAAGUGGAACUCUUGCAGGAGUCUGAAGAAGGCAUCAGCAGCACAUCGCCUAUGCGGAGGCGGCCCAGCGACCCGGCGCCCCGGGUUCCGGUGGAGUCCUGGCAGAGUCGUAUGAAAAAUGUGCUGACAGCUCGGCGCAGCUCAAAUUUUGCCGCCCGAGACCUGAAGCGGCUGCGGAGGCCCUCAGCGUCGUAGGCUGGUUUCGGCUGAGGCCGACCCAUUUUUGAAGCUAGACAAAUGCAGCAUCUCUCUAUGAGACCUGGGUGUGGCAUUUGAGGGCAGCCUUGGAUAGUUGUUGUUUUG